UCGCCGGCAAAGGACGUAAAAUGAACGAUGAAGUUAGAACUUUCCGCGCUCGCAAUUUCGCAAGGGAACACUACUCGUGCGGCAUCUUUCAAUGACUCGACAAUUGCCGCCAUAACCGUGCUCAGAGGUCAUUGACAGCCCUCAUGUUCAAUAUUAAUUUAAGAAUCAGUGGAUGGUUUUUCAGGAACGCUCUUUAGUUCGACAAUUAGCCUUGGGUCGAAGACAGCCGAUCCUGACUCAUGAUUAGGUGACACCUCCGAAACAUCCUAAUGUACAUCACAUGGGGUAGGGACAUUACAGGUACGAGGCUCUCUUAGCCCCUGGAACGUAGUACGCUGCCCAACUUCCCUGCAAACCAUGGAGUCUGUACAGCGAUUUCUUUUUCUUCCAUCCACUUGACAUUUCCUGGGAUUUACUUGGUAGUCUCAAUACCAAUACUCAUACAUUCGGUGCCUCCAGGUAAUUCUAUACUACUGGAAAACCAGCCACUUCGAAAUCUACAAAAGGGCUUUCCGAAUUGACCCACCCUUUUCCUCACUCGAACACUCACGUUUUGUGUCUUCAAGGACGCACAGUUCCUCGGCUCUUCACUAUGCUGUUCAAAAGUUUCCUCACAGUCUCUACCCUCACUACUCUCGCCCUCGCCACCGACUGCCUCCAAUGCUGUCAAAAGACGUCGCAGGGUGGUGACCCCCUCCUUCAAUCCCUCCUUACCCUUCUCGGUAUUGUCUUGACAAACCCCAACGUCCUCGUUGGUAUCAAUUGUAGCCCUAUUAACCCUAUUGUUGCUGGGGCAACCGGUGCAUGCGCUCCGGGUACCACUGUCAUUUGCAAUGACAAUACUCAUGUCCCUGCUAUUGCUAUUGAUUGUUUCCCCGUCACCAUCUGAACGCAUGUCGUACAUGGCUGCGUCUCUCGGG